AUAGUCUUGGCUUUGCUUUAUCCUUACUUUUGAACUCCUUAGCUUAAAACCUCGCGAGACUUAACCUUACUAGAACCUUAUCCUGCCCUUUUAGUAGAGAGUACAUCUACGGGCCUCGUGCCUUUGCCUUUUCGCAUUUAUCUUCCGGAUCAUCGAGUGCGAGCACCAUGGCACACAAACGAGCCCAUAACAAGUCUCGCAAUGGAUGCAAUCAGUGCAAGGCAAGGCACGUUAAGUGCGAUGAAAGAGGGCCGCCUUGUACGGUUUGUGUUUCUCGACAUACCGAUUGCCAUUAUUCGCGGCCAACUGCAUCACGACGUUCCGACUCUCGGGCAAUUACAAACGCCAUCUCCGACUCCGCGAGUGACGGGCGUACUAGUUCCCCGAUCAAUAUUUCCUUGACUGUAAUGGACUCGACAGGCUUCAGCAAUGAAUCUUUGCCGCCAUCGACGAGACUGAGAGAACUGGAGCUGAUGCACUAUUGGUGUACUAAAACAUGUCACAGCUUCACAAGCAGACUCUCUGAUUUGUUCCAAGGCUACGUUGUGGAAGAAUCAAUCAAGCAUGACUUUCUCAUGGAAUCCAUACUUGCACUUACUUGUCUUCACAUCGCCAGCAAGCAAGAGGAUCAAAUUUCUGCAGCAAGCUAUGCUAGCGAAGGGCUGCGAUAUCAGAACAACGCCGUCCGACCCUUCCACGCUGCUUUGCACAACGUUACUCCAUCAAAUUGUCAUGCGAUAUUUGCGUGCUCGGUAGUGACUAUGGCCUGCACUAUUGUGUCACCACUCCUCCCAACUAGCAAUCACGAGAAAGUUACAUCAACAAUAGAAAGCUUUCUGCCUCUUUUUGAUUUCGUCAAAGGAAUUUCGUCAGUUGUCUACAUCAGUCGCGAAUGGCUAGAAGCCGGGCCUUUAGGGGCCAUGUUCCACAUGAAGGCAUUCGGAGCCCCUGAUGACGUGGCUACAAUACGGCCACCAUUCCAACGCCUUAGGGCUCUCGUGAUCAGCAACACAGCUACCGGCGAGAUCAGUCCAAUUGUACACGAAAUUUAUCUUCAGACAAUAGACCAGCUUGAGGUUGCAACGAUCAAGAACAACACUGUACCGUGGUUGGGCUUCGUAGGCAACGAGUUCAUAGAAGAAUUGCGGAUGAGACAGCCUCUAGCAUUAAUCAUUUUCAUGUACUGGGGUGUUCUAUUGAAUCGGAUGGAGGAGCUCUGGUGGGCAAAGUAUUUAGGGAAAAGGCUCAUAGAGGAGUUGUCCGAGGACUUGAUUAGGCGUGGGAAGGAAUGGGAGAAGGCUACUAGAUGGGUUAUGAUUCUUGUGGAUUCUGGAGCGACAUUAUCUAGCGAAUUUGAAUCAGACAAAACUAGAAUAUUAAGAUGAUAUGUAUAUAAGAAUCAGUAUACAGAGGGGUGUAUAGUGUAAUAGAAUCAAUUGAAC